UCUCCGUCAUCACCCCCACCACCACCACCACAACCAAGUCACGUUGAAGGGGGGGGCUUCCAUGACUCUAUCACUCCUUUCUCUUCUAAAAAGUGGUUUCACUCCAACACUCAAGGACUUCAACAACUUCCUUUUCUUCCUCUCCCGAACCCAAAAAUCAAAAUUCAUUCUUUAUUUAUUCUCCCAAAUUAGCUCAAACAAAAUCAAAGGAAACUCCCAAACACUGACAAUCUUCACUAAAGCUUUACUCAAAGAGCAGAAAUAUGAAGAAGCUCUACAUUUCUUGAGAACCCACAUGGGGAAAACCAAGAUUCUUGAUCAAAAUCGAAUCUUUGAGACUUUAAUUCAAGGUUUCUGCAGAAAGGAGAAUGAUCCUGAAAAGGGUCUUUACGUAUUGCGAGAUUUCUUGAAGAUUGGUGGUAUUUUGCCUUCUUCUUUUACUUUUUGUUGUUUGAUUCAUAGUUUUAGUUCUCAGGGGAAGAUGGAUAGAGUUAUUGAAGUGUUAGAGUUGAUGAGUAGUGGGGAAGUUAAUUAUCCUUUUGAUAAUUUUGUAUGUAGUUCUGUAAUUUAUGGUUUUGUGAAGAUUGGGAAGCCUGAACUUGCAGUCGGGUUUUAUGAGAAUGCUGUAAAUUCAGGUGCUUUGAAGGCUAAUAUUGUUACUUAUACAGCUCUUUUGAGUGCUUAUUUUAGGCUUGGUAGGAUUGAGGAGGCUUCUGAAAUGGUAGCUAGAAUGGAAAAUGAUGGAUUGUCAUUCGAUGUUGUAUUUUAUAGUAAUUGGAUUUAUGAAUAUUUUACAGAAGGAAUAAUUGAGGAAGCAUUUCGAAAAUACAGAGAGAUGGUUAAUGCGAAAGUGAAAAUGGAUGUGGUAGCUUAUACUGUGCUUAUAGAUGGGGUUUCGAAGCAAGGAAAUGUAGAAAAGGCAGUUGGGUUCUUAAGUAAGAUGAUAAAGAAUGGAGUGAAGCCGAAUUUAAUUACUUUUACUGCAAUCAUGUUUGGAUUCUGCAAGAGAGGGAAAUUGAAGGAGGCAUUUGCUUUCUUCAAGAUGGUUGAGUUUUUUGCCAUAGAGGUGGAUGAAUUUACCUAUGCAAUAUUAAUUGAUGGGGUUUGCAGGAAGGGCGAUUUUGAUUGUGCUUUCAGGCUUCUUGAUGAGAUGGACAACAAGGGUAUAAAGCCUAGUAUUGUCACAUACAACACUAUUAUUAAUGGAUUGUGCAAAGCUGGAAGGACUUCUGAAGCAGAUGAUAUCUCAAAGAGCAUAGUUGGAGAUGUUUUCACAUAUAGUACUCUAUUACAUGGUUAUGUAGGAGAAAACGAUGCCGCAGGCAUGUUACAAACUAAAAAGAGAUUUGAAGCAGCUGGAAUAUCUCCUGAUGUUGCUAUGUGCAACAUACUUAUCAAAGCCUUAUUUAUGAUUGGCCUAUUUGAGGAUGCCCUUAUCAUUUACAAAGGAAUGCCAGAAAUGGACUUGACUGCAAAUUCUGUUACUUAUUGCACUAUGAUCGAUGGCUACUGUAAAGCAGGAAGGAUUGAUCAGGCACUUGAGAUGUUUGAUGAAUUUAGAAGGACGCCAUAUUCUUCGUCAACUGCAUGUUAUGAUUGUAUUAUUCAUGGGCUCUGCAAGAAUGGUAUGGUUGAUAUGGCAAUUGAGGUGUUCAUGGAGCUGGUUGAAAGAAACUUGUCAGUAGAUAUGAUGCUGUUUAUGAGGUUGGUGAAUGUGACCUGUGAUACUAAAGGUGCAGGAGAAGCUUCCUAUUUGGUUCAAAGAAUGACAAAUAUUGGUGGUGAUUUAGUUGAAGUUUUAUGUAACAAUGCCAUUAGUAUCCUGUAUUGGAAGGGUUCUUCUGACAUAAUGUUUGAUGUCUUCAUGGUGACGAGGACAAAUGGACUCGUGCUGAUGAGCAAGCCCUACUACCUAAUCUUGAAAACUUUUUUAAGAGAUGGCAAAAAAUUUUUAACUCGAAUCAUAUUGACUAUGUUUCUUAAACAAUGUGGCAUGAAUGAACCUAGGGUAGGCAGAAUACUAUUAGAUUACAUGUGCAUGAAUGAUGUCAACAAGGCUCUUAAGUUUCUAAGACAGAUGAAUGAGAACUUGUCAAGUGUCACUCUUUCUGCAAGUGUUCUUGAGACGCUGAGGAAAAAUGGUAGGGCUUUGGAUGCAUACAAGCUGAUUGUGGGAGGACAAGACAAAUUACCUGAUAUGGAUAUGUUUAGGUACACUAGCAUAACUAGUGGACUCUGCAAAGAGGGACAUCUUGGUGAGGCCUUAGAUCUCUGUGAUUUUGCAAGGAAUAAGGGAAUUUCUCUCAGCAUUGCAACUUAUAAUGCAGUUAUUAAUGGACUGUGUCGUCAAGGGUGUCUUGUUGAAGCUCUAAGGUUAUUUGAUUCGUUGCAGGACAUUAAUUUGAUUCCUACAGAAACCACAUAUGCUAUACUCAUAAACUCGCUCUCGAAAGAAGGACUCUUAGUGGAUGCUAGAAGGCUAUUUGAUAGCAUGUCAUGUAUGAACAUUAAGCCCAAUACUCGUGUUUAUAACUCUCUGAUCAAUGGUUAUUGCAAGUUAGGUCAAAUACAGGAAGCUCUAAAACUGUUUUCUGAUCUGGAAGUAGUAGACCUUAAGCCGGAUGAGUUUACUGUCAGUGCAGUUAUUUAUGCAUAUUGCCAAAAGGGUGACAGUGAAGGAGCACUGUGGUUCUUUUCGGAGUUCAAGAUAAAGGGGAUAUUACCAGAUUUCCUAGGUUUCAUGUAUUUAAUAAGAGGCCUUGUUGAUAAAGGAAGGAUGGAAGAAUCUCGAACCAUUUUAAGGGAGAUGCUUCAAGCAAAAUCAGUGACUGAUCUUCUGAAUACAAUUGACACGGAAGUUGACAUGGAGCAUGUGCAAAAUUUUCUUGUUAUUUUGUGUGAAAGAGGAAGUAUACAGGAGGCUGUUGCCAUCCUUGAUGAAAUUGGAUCCAUGUUUUUUCCUGUUGGAAAGAGAUCUAUUUCUAAUGAUGCAUCUGCAAAACGUGAGCCACGUGAUAUGAUAUUGGCUAAUACAACAAAAUCUGAAUCAUUCACCUGCACUACUGAGAAUUAUUUGGACCAUAGAGCACCCAAUGAUGAGAAACUGGAAAACGUUUCUGAGACUUGCAGUUGUCAGGAUGAGAAAAUAUCUGGAUUCCUGGACUUUGAUUCUUCCUAUGAGCUUACUGCUUCACUGUGCUCAAAAGGGGAGAUCAGAAAAGCAAAUAAAUUGGUGGAAAUGAUCUCUGGUUUCUUGUAGAGACUAUUUGAAAAAACUCUGGUGAAGUGAUUUAAGCUGUGGGUGUAUCUUCUUUCCCUCAGAUGCUGGUUGAGAAUAAUGUGCAGCCAGAGAUUUUCAUGUCUACAUGCAAUAGUGCUUGCAUAUCAGUUGAAGGCUUGAAUCUAAAUGAUAAUCAGACUUUCUGCUGGUCUUUCCACAGUGAAGCAGAACAAGUCUUCUUCAGAUUGCAGUUCUACCAAUCUAAGGUAUUGCAGAUUGACCUGCAGGCAAGCUCAGUGUUUUGAAUGUUCUUGUGUUCAAAAGUGAGGUGCCAAAAUUAAACUCUGCCUUCGAUUGACUCUAGACGUUGAAACUUGAGCUGUGAAGGUGCGGGGAGCUGAGAAUGCUAUUGAUGGGACACGUAUACUUGUUUCAAUCCUUGAGAGCGAACAGGUGGCAUAUAACAAUAAGCAUGUGGUGCAAUUCUAAAAUGUAUUAGGUUGUACAAUUACAACAUGCGACUCGUGUGUGUGCGCGCGCAAUUGGAAGGAUGUGCAUGGGUUUUGGGUGGGUCCUAAUCACUUUCUUAUGCCUCCCAAGUAUAUGGCUACAUUCUU